AUGCCUGCUGGUGACCCGUUCUCGUUCCUGGCUGCUGAGCAGCCCAAGCCCGUGAAGGAAAAGAAGCCUCACUGGAGAGGCAAGCUAUUCUCCAAGGACAAGAAAGACCACUCCACGCCCGACCAGCAGAUUCAAGAUUUCCUUGCUUCCAAUCGUCCCAUCCCAGACCACUUUGCUGCUACCAAGGCUGACCUGAGAGACCCCCGACCCACCGUCUCAACACGCCACAUUCCUUCCCCCCACGAUGUCACCCAGAUUCCUGCUCCCUCUAUCCCAUCCCCCCUGAACGACAGUUAUGCCGCCUUCAACUUUACCAACCCUGCACCACCGCCCGAGCCCCGGGAACCUUACCAGCAGCGUGAGCCUCCGCAACCGCGGGAACUACCGCAGCCCCCGACCAUCUCCCACAAACCACGCAAGGGCAAGGGUCUCCGUGUGGGGUUUUGCGAUCAGGCCCCGGAAGUUAUUGGCGAAGGUGGUGACGAGACCGAUACUCCAACGAUCGAAAUUUCGUUCUCGCGCAAACGGUCGCGCGACAGACAGGCGGCGGAGCAACAGCUUAAAAGGGCCCCAUCACGGUCGCCAAACCCGUCGCGCUCGCACUUGCCGGCAUUGACCGUGAAUACCUCGCUGGGCGAUGGUGAGCCACGAUCACGCCGGGCAGGGACCCCACAGGACCAGCGGGGUGGAACGAGCCCUAAUUCGACCUGGAAGCCGCCCCUCAUGCACGAGCCACGAGAUGCGGACUUUCUCAGUACCUUGCACCUAGAGAAACCUGGAUCACGUCUCUCCUUCCGAGGAUCGCCCGACUCCCAUUCGGUUGCAGAGCGUGUUCGGGAUCGCAUGCAGGCGGAGGAAGGACGUGCGCUGCAACAGCACCGAUUCGACGACGAUAUCGCAUCCCCGGCGGAUGACGAGACCGAUAUCUCGAGCCCCGAAGUACCUCCCUCGCACAGCCCACGAAGUCCAAAUGAGUCUGUGUACGAUUCGCUCUAUGGGACCCCGCCUUAUUCGGCUACCGCUCCAUCUGUCAAAUCAAUCGUGCAGUCGAUUCGUAACCCUCCCAGUCCAGUUGCUCAUCGCGCUCAACCAAACCUCAGCCCUAUCGACCCGCGUCUACCUCCCACUCUUACACCCGGAAGCCCGGCAAAGCCCUCGUCUGGAGCUCCCAAGGUUCCCAUGCACGAGCCCCAACCAGCGUCUCCUGUAAAUCAGGUGGCAUCUUCAUCGACACGAGAGCUUCCACGCAGCCCCCAGCCUCCACCCAUGAAUCAACUUACUUCUCCGUCUACCCGAUCCAGCCGAGAACCAUCCGGAAGUCCUCAGCCUCCCAAGUUUUCUUUGCGGUCAGUCGCCAAUCAGGUCGGCGACAAUGCAUUCAGCGAAUUCAAGGAGUACAUCGCCAGAUACGACAGUCUGUUCCACAUGGCUGCUGAAAAAGUCAAGCCGCUCGUGGAGACAGCUCUAACAGAAUGGAUUCGGGCCGCAGUAUGGUGGUUCUUGCGAGGCAAGACUCGACUGGAAACUUAUGCGCGCUCUCGCAAUACGGCGCCCGUGACCUACGCUAAACAGGCCGUCGUUGACUUGGGCAAAUCCUUGUGGAUCAAUGAGAAAAUAGUUCCUGGGCAUUACGAGCUCUCUCGUUAUGGUUCCAUGGGUAUUGAUGCACUCCUGGCAGUGGCCACUACCACGGGUGACAAGGAGCUGGUUGAUCUUCUUAACCUCCACCAGACCAUGCUCAAUCACCUUCGUUCUCUCUCCAUGUCCAUCAAGCGUAACAGCAUUCUCGCCGCAAUUUUGGCCGAUGACGAACACUCGCCCAGCCAGCUGGAUACUAGCGUGUGGCUCCGAUACCCCUUCUUUGCGCCGGACGUGUCCGCCGUUUUGUCUGGUAGUGCGUCGCGAUCGAUGUUGGCCGAUGCAACGGGUAAGACGCCAAGUAUGGUGCAAAUGAUGCCCCUGGGAGAUACGAGUCGCUUCUUCAGCUACGGCAGCAUGUUCGUGCAAGCAUGUGUGAGUUCAAGGGAUGAUGAAGGCCAGCAAUACGCCAUGCCGUGCGCGUUGACAAUCAUCCGCGAGAGAUCCGACUGGUACGUGUUCGCUGCGAUUACCAGCCAAAGCCAACUCGUCAAUGUCAUGAUUCAAUGCGACCGCAAGCAAGGACCUACCUGGGAUGACGUGGAGUGGCAAGUGCGGAGUAACUCAAUGCGCGUUAAGCUACCCCGUGGUUUUGAACUCGAUGUCAUGUUUAAGGAAGAUGAUUUCAAGACGCUCUGGAACAUUGUCAGAUACACGCAAAAGUCCGAGGCGAGUUUGUCUCCCGAGGCGGGUGAAACGGUCGUCUUCGAGGACACCCUGAAGGUCUUCCAGUACGUGGAUCCCGGGACACCCAAGGCAUUCCCCGCGGAUUCAAUGGAGCGUUGUCGGAUUCGAUUGUUUGAACGACAAGUCACCGUGACGGAGGGCACUGGCUCGCGAAACGCCCACCGUGGGUUCCGCCUUACCGUGCUGACUAGUCCCAAGGUGAAGACCCUUAGUAAUGUCAACCACAUCCUGGGACAUGGCUCACCGGUGAUAUUUGGUCUGCUGCGUGGUGAAGACGGAAGUCCCGCUCUCAUUUUGAAGGUCACGGAAGAUGGGCGCACGCGAUCCAUGCUGAUGACUUUCCACGGGGUGGAGGAACGAACCAAGAUCCAUUCCGUGCUCUUGAGCAUGGCGCCACGAGACAACGAGACGAAGACCCGAGAAUUCCAAUUCCGCUCUUAUGCCAUCGAGGAGCCAGGAGACGCAGCUGUUGGCGGCGCUCCCACUACUCAUCUUCAGUUCCCUGCCGGUAAUGCAGCGGUGAUUGAUCAAGAACACGCCUUUGUGGAUCAUGGUUACGGACCGACUAUUUUGUCGGAACACUUGAGAGCGUUUGUCGCUACGGAAUGGGGGUCUGUUACAGACCGUAUCAACCUAGGACCUGGUGAACUCAAGCUCGGGCUGGAUGUGAAUCGAAUCACUGGCAUGAGUUUGUAUCGUCCGGCACAGCAGGAUCUGACGGUCUCACUGGCGGAUAACCUGGUUCGACCUGAGAUGCCGGACCAGGUUUCGCAAUUCUUGCAAAAGGCAACGGCUAAGCCGAUGAUUCGUCGGUUCGAGUUUGCUUCUAUGCAGGAUCUCCACGGAUUUGAAGAAGCCGUGACUGGAUUCAAGGUUAUCUACGAUGGAAUCGCCUCCUCCUUCACCAUUUCCCGCCGUCGUAUGGUCGUUCCCAUCUACAAGAAAUGGGAAGCCAAUUUAGCACGCAUUCAGAUUGUGCGCCAAGAAAAGAUUAUCCAACUCAUCGCCUUCUUUGGUGAUUUCCAGCAUGGUACCUGUAUGAACUUUGUUCUUAAGGGCACUGACCAUAUUGAAUCCUUUGGCCGAUCUGGCAAGUUUGGCAUUCGCAUUGUGGAUGCCAAGUUUGCGCUGCCAAAGAAAGAUGAGGAUCCGGGGUCGAACUUUGUGUGCUUGGAUAUGCCCGAGUAUCCGAUCGAGCAUGACGAUAUUACUAUUACGUUCGACAAGGAACUUGACCGCACCAACUUUAAGGUCGCCUUGCCUGGAUCUGUCCGUGAGCCAUCACGAAUGGGAUCACUUCGCCGAUAG